AUGGAAGCCGAGCUGUUGAAACAGAAAGAGGCUAUUGAAGAGGCAAAGAGGGAACGCGAGUUGGAAAUUGCACGUUUGGCUGCAGCAAGUGCUGGUGGACGUCCUGAAGUGAGAGAGGAUAGGGCGAAGGCACCCAAGCUUCCCUCAUUUGUUGAUGGCAAGGACGACUUGGAUGCUUAUCUACAAAGAUUUGAGAGAUUUGCAGCGACAGCUAAAUGGGAGAAGACAGGAUGGGCUUGUUGUGCUCUUUUGUCUGGUCGUGCGCUUGAAGUUUAUUCGCGAUUAUCUGAGGAAGCAGCCCAAGAUUAUGACCGAGUGAAGUUAGCUUUGAUGAAGAGAUAUGACCUUACGGAGGAUGGUUAUCGUCGUAAAUUUAGAGCAUCAAAGCCGGAAGUUGACGAGAGUCCUGAACAGUUUAUAGUGAGGCUGGAUAGAUACUUGUUGCGUUGGUUACAGCUGUCAAAAACCGAUCGUUCUUUUGAAGGCCUGAAAGAUUUAAUUGUGAAAGAGCAGUUUAUUGACUCUUGUCCGAAGGAGUUAGCUAUCCACCUACGAGAAAGAGCCCCGGAAACGCUUGUUCAGAUAGCGAAG